UUUAUACAGUAAGAUCCCUAGAAGGUCUGGAGUAGCUAUUAUGAGGAAUGAAGAUGAUAUCGGUUUGUAUAAAAAGGAAGCUACAAAUCUGAAAUGUAUCAGUCAACUAUUGUUGGAAUAACAUAGAACUUGAAAAAAUGCAGUCGCUGUACAUUUUUGCUGGAAUUUUGGCGGUAGUUGCAACACAGGAGUACAUAGAAAUCGACAGAUAUCCCGACUGGUACGUUCAACCGCAGGAAGAACAUUUAAGACACCGUAGACAACUGUCCGUAGACAAGAGUGGUGAUGUGACGUAUGCUCACGGCAGUCCUAACAAUAAAGUAUUUGGGACACUGGGUUCCAGGGGUGAAAACUUAUUUGGCAAGCUCGGAUAUCAGCACAACUUCAUCAAUGAUGAUCGUGGUAAACUAACGGGCACGGCGUAUGGUACUCGAGUAUUAAGUCCUUAUGGGAACAGUAAUCACCUCGGAGGUCGGGUCGACUGGGCUGGCAGACACACGGCCGCUUCCCUGGACGUAAGCAAGCAGCUUCAUGGUCCUACGUCGAUUCAAGCGGCCGGCGGUGCUAAAUGGCCGAUUGGUAGGAACGGCGAGAUGUCCCUUCAAGGUACUUACAACCGUUUUGGUGGUAUGCAGGACUAUGGCGGCAGACUAGGUUAUAUUCACCGUUUUUGAAUGACUAUAAGGUUAAAAAUUCACAAAGCGCCAUCUAGUCACAAACUAACGAUAGUUUGUAUUUUAUGAAUUAUGCUUUUAAUUUUGUAUUAUAUAAAUAUAUAUUUAAGACACGAAUUUAAUGUCAUCCAUAAGUCACACGAAUGUCAUGUUUUUUUUGUAAAUGUGACCAAAUUUAUGUACCCUCGUCACACUUUGUCAAACAAUUAACUGCCUCCUCACGUACGACAUCAUUUAUGGAUGGCCUCAUAUAGCAAGCCGAAAGCCAGUGAUAGUAUUUCUACUGAAGAUAAAUAAUUUUUGAGUAAAUUAGGUUAUUGCCUCUUUUGACGUUCAGUUCAGACUAAGUUGCAUUAACCGUGAUCACGAGCUGACUGAACAUGACUACAGCAAUCUCAAUGUUGUUAAGUGUCAACAAUUUUCAAUUUUUAAACAAGCAUACGCCCCAUCUGAUGGUAAACACCGCACCCUAUGGACGCCCGAAACACUAGAGGUGUCACGUGUGCGUUGCUGACCCUUAAAAAUCUUAAUAUAUCAUUGUUGAAAACCGCAUGCUGUAGUCUCUCGAAAAAACCUCGGCAGGAUCAUUCCACAAUCUAAAUAUACGCGAGAGGAAGCUCCUCGCGGGAGGAAGAAUAAUAAUUUACCACAAAAUUACUCGUCUUCAGUCCAGAUUAACUAUAUUAAUGUAUACUAAAUGCAAAAGUUUAUUAGA